GCCCCGGCUGGCCCCGGGCUCCGCACCAGGAGGCGGCGGCCAGGCCGAGUCCCAACCGUGCGAGCCGGGGGGACUCCCCGACGGCCACCAGUCCGGCGAGGGACCAGAGAAGGUCGAGGAGGAAGGGUAGCCUCGCCGGGGGCCAGGCCAUGGCGCUCGACUUCCUGGCUGGAUGCGCUGGGGGUGUGGCCGGCGUGCUCGUGGGACACCCGUUUGACACAGUCAAGGCCCCCACCCCUGCCACCACCAUUUUCUUCGUUGACCUUCUCUUAACAAAAGUAAGACCCGGGCCUGCACCGCACCCUGCCACACCCUCCUACUCCGCCCCCCCAGGAGUCCCCUCCCCAACUCGCAGGGGACAGGUGCGGCUUCAGGUCCAGAGCACGGAGAAGCCGCAGUACCGAGGGACCCUGCACUGCUUCCAGUCCAUCAUCAAGCAGGAGAGUGUGCUGGGCCUGUACAAGGGCCUGGGCUCGCCCCUCAUGGGGCUCACGUUCAUCAACGCGCUGGUGUUCGGCGUGCAGGGCAACACCCUGCGGGCCCUGGGCCGCGACACGCCGCUGAACCAGUUCGUGGCCGGCGCGGCGGCCGGCGCCAUCCAGUGCGUCAUCUGCUGCCCCAUGGAGCUGGCCAAGACGCGGCUGCAGCUGCAGGACGCGGGCCCGGGCCGCACCUACCGCGGCUCGCUGCACUGCCUGGCACAGAUCUACCGGCGGGAGGGCCUGCGCGGCGUCAACCGGGGCAUGACGUCCACCCUGCUGCGCGAGACCCCCAGCUUCGGCGUCUACUUCCUCUCCUACGACGUGCUGACGCGCGCGCUGGGCUGCGAGCCCGGCGACCGGCUGCUGGUGCCCAAGCUGCUGCUGGCGGGCGGCACGUCGGGCAUCCUGUCCUGGCUGUCCACCUACCCCGUGGACGUGGUCAAGUCGCGGCUGCAGGCCGACGGGGUGCGCGGGCCCCCGCGCUACGGCGGCUUCGUGGACUGCGUGCGCCAGAGCUACCGCGCCGAGGGCUGGCGCGUCUUCACGCGCGGGCUGGCGUCCACGCUCAGUGGUGCCGCCUGCGCCCUGUGCACCCCCGGCGGCUGGCCAGGCACCGUGCGCUGUGAGCCCCCUGGGAUUCUGACUGUCCCAGGGACAGGAGAGCGGGCGGCCGCCUGGGACCUCUUCCCUCGGUCCCUCCGGUCUGGGGGUGCCCCAGGAGCCCUCCUGGAACGGCUCCCCCUUCCUUCGGCCUCCUCCUCCCGGCCUCCCGUGGCCGCCCGGGCCACCCUCCCGUCCCUCGCAAGUGAACAGGCCUCGCAGCUCCUCGCGCGGAGGCAGGCAGACGAAGCCCCCGCGGCCCAAGCUGCUGGGACCUUCCCCAUCAACCCUCGUCGCCGACAGGCGGCCGAGCUGCAGAGCUCCUCCCAGAGCAGUUUGGAGGAGUGA